AUGUUGUUCAAAUCUGUGCUUUUGUUCACCGGUCUUACCGUUGCUGACUCCAUCACUGGCUGCCAUUACCAUGGUGCGACCUACUUCUGCCAGGACACUGACGGUAGUGAGGGCUUUGUGACUCCAGGUCCUACUGCCAGUACUGAUGCUCCAGAUUCUUACACUGAUUGCCACCUUCAUGGUGCUCAGACCUUCUGCAUUGGAGAUGACGACGAGCACCGUUUCAUUCUUGGUUCUCUGACUCCUGCUUUGUCUACUAGCUCUGGCGAGUUCCACCCAGAUGCUCAAUCUGGCGCUGGCGCUACUGCUUCUGAUGCUAUUGAGAACUGUCACUUCCACGGCGAGGACUUCUUCUGUGAGGACCACCUUGGUAACCACGGUGAGGUCAGCCCAGCUCCUACUGCUUCUUCUGAGGCUGAAAAGUCCUACACUGGCUGCCACGCUCAUGGCACUGGUACCUUCUGUUUCGACUCUGAGAGCUCUGAGGUGGAGUUCUUCCCUGAUGGACGUCCAGCCCACUCUGACGAAUGGCUCGAUGAGAACACUAACCUCGAUGACGACGAUGACUCUAGCAGCUCUAGUGCUGCUGCCUCCAGCUCUGGUGGUUCUGGCGGCAGUUCUUCUACCGACUCUGACGACGCUGGCUCCAAGGCCGGUUUCUACGGUGCCGCUGGUUUUGCUCUUCUUGUCGCUGGUUUGUUCUAA